AUGCCGCACACUUCACGAUGGUCAGUUGAUAUUCCGAUAAAAUAUCUGCACUCUUUGUUGCUUGGAACUUCACAAGAACCUCUGCCAGACACGCUUGCCUUUGUCGAUUGCGAAGACCCUGAUAACCUUCAUCUAACGUGGGCGGAAUAUAAACUAUGGGCCAGGAGAAUCGCUGCCGGCCUGCGAAGGGCUGGCCUCCUGAAAAAUGACCGUGUCCUGGUCUACUCAGCAAACAACAUUUUCUUUCCUGUCGUGUUCAUGGGAAUCAUUCUCGCAGGGGGAAUAGCGACCACAGCCAACCCCACUUAUGUUGCACGAGAAGUUGCGUACCAGCUCACCGACUGUGAACCACGAUUCUUGUUGGUAACGGAAUCCAGCAGCGGUACCGCUUUGGAAGCGGCAAAGAUGACCAAGUUCCCCCGGGACCAUAUCUAUCUGUUUGACGACGGGCCACUUCUGGGCCGCAAACCGGACACAAACCGCUUCCGCCAUUGGAGUGAGCUCAUAUCCAGCGUUGAAGUCGGAAAAAGCUUUUCCUGGAGGGAGGCAGAAUCAAAGGAGGAGGUCGAUGAGACGGUUGCCAUUUUGUAUUCUUCAGGUACGACAGGGGUACCCAAGGGAGUGGAGCUCACUCACUACGGACUGGUCGCAAACUGCGUCCAGAUGGGCACACUUUGGGAUCUCGACCAACGGCACUCAAGCACCAAUCCAAAGGCAGAACGGCAGCGCAUGCUCGGCAUCCUACCCAUGUAUCAUGGGUAUGGCUUCUUGUGGUUCGGAACGCUGGCACCGUAUCGUCGUGCCUCCAGUUACAUUAUGAAACGGUUCAACUUGAGAAACAUGUUGCGGAACAUUGAGCGAUAUAAAAUCAGUGAGCUCACGCUGGCGCCCCCGGUUGUGGUCAUGAUGGCGAAGAGUCCAGAUGCAAGGAGGUUUGAUCUCUCCAGCGUACGAAAGGUGCAAGCAGGCGCUGCACCUCUAUCACGAGAGAUGUGUGUCGAGUUCGAAAGCCUCUGGCCUCCGGGUCAGAUCAAUGUAAAGCAGGGCUGGGGCAUGACGGAGGCACCGAUAUCGAUACUGAAUUGGGACGACCGAGAACUCGCGAUGACCUCAGCAGUCGGUGAGCCGCUUCCAAAUUGUGAGGUCAAGGUCAUGGAUGAUGAUGGCGUCUGGGAAGUGCCGCGAGGCCAGCGUGGCGAGCUAUGGUGCAAGUCGCCCACGAUGAUGAAAGGUUAUUGGCGCAAGCCCGAAGAGACUCGCGAGGUCAUAAUGCCUGAUGGCUGGCUCCGAACCGGAGACAUUGUCUAUGAAGACAAAGACGGGAAGUAUGUUGUGGUGGACCGGAAGAAGGAGUUGAUCAAAGUCAAGGGAAACCAGGUUGCUCCCGCAGAGCUGGAAGGUGUUCUACUGGAGCACCCGGACAUACAAGAUGCUGCGGUCGUUGGCAUCAAAUGGCGAGAAUCCCUUCCGGUUGGCGAGGACGAAGAGCCCCUAGGGUAUCUUGUCCCAAGACCUGGCAGGAAGCUGAUCGCCGAGCAGAUCUUGAGCUAUAUGGCCGAAAAGACUUCCAAAAUCAAGUGGAUUACAGGAGGCAUCAUUCUUACCGAUUCGAUUCCUAAGAAUCCGUCUGGUAAAAUCCUUCGCCGCAUGCUUCGAGAUAGACUGGCAGAUCCAGCAGAGAGGGCUAAAGCUCAGGGCGCCAGACUUGCUACACCGGUUCAGCCCACUGUCAUGGCUCGACUUUAG